AUGAAGGGCGAGAAACGCAGAAAUUAUGACUCUUCACGCUUCAAGGAGGCUUAUAUGAAAGUUAUAAAGGAUAAUUGGUCAGUGUACAAGGCGUCGAAGGAAUAUGGCAUACCGUGGUCUACUUUGAGAAGACACGUAGCUACUCAUGGAGUCCAAGCAGGAAAAGAUCACCAGUUUAACGAUGCUAAACAUAAAGCUGGGCCUUAUUGGUGGUGGUCGUUUAAAGAACGGUACGGGCUUUCAUUGCGCACGCCAGAAAAGCUUGCAGCAUGCCGAGCUGUUACUGCUAACAGACAAAACAUUGACGAUUUUUAUAAAAAGCUACUGGACGUCGUUAUUGAGCUGGAUAUUCUGCAAAAGCCUGAAAGGAUUUAUAACUGCGACGAAACCGGUGUAACGUUCGUCGUAAAACCGUCAAAAAUUGUCACUCAAACUGGAAAGAAGGCCCGAUAUUUAACACCUCAAAGCACGAACAACAUGGACAGUCCUGAAGAAAACAUCGUCGCCAUAUCAAACGAAACCACAGUCGCCGUUACCAGUGAGGAGACCGUUACCUCGAUUCGUGUCCCCUCUGCUUCUCCAACUCCUGGCCCUUCAAAUGAAAGCAACCUGAAGCGUAAACUACCAAGAGUUAAGGUAGAGAAAGCACCAAAAUCAAAUAAAAGUACGAUGUGUGACUAUUGCGGUGUUCACUACUCCCAAGAUGUGGCACUUAGGAACGGAGCUGUAUGGGUAGAGUGCAUGAGCUGCGGCAAAUGGUACCACCAAGAAUGUACUGGCACAGAGUCGCCACAGUUCCUGUGUGAUAAUUGUGAUAAAGUAGACUUUUCAGGCACUGAUGACAGUGAUUGGGCACCUGAA